AUGAGUGAGCUCUACAAGGAAGCAGCGACACUAUUGUAUAAAUUAGAGCAACGUCAGGCUGGACUCAAGACAUUGGCAUAUGCAGAAUCUACAGUACAUAAACGAAGCUCCUUUGCACUCGUGUGCGAGACGUUACGUUACAAGCCACUGUUGCGUGAACUGCUCAUGGCUGUACCCGAGUGCCACAAAGCGCUCAAGAUGUCCAAGGACGUUAAAAAGCCACCGCCUGCACUUGUUUUUGUAGCGCUCUAUGACCUUCUAUUCGGUAGACAAAAGAUACAAGGUGGUGGAUACGUGAAGAAGACGUUUAUGCAGUAUCAGACGGCGUUCCGAGCGGCACUGGCGAGACUCAAGAUUAAACGUAAAGUAGCGUCCAACGAGGCGCUUUUGCCACUUGAAAAUCGAAAGAAUCAGCACCUUGCAAUGCCUCGUUACGUUCGUGUCAAUACGUUGCUAGCUUCUAUGGAAGAGAUUGAGGCAUUUAUGCGCGAGUACGACGCCAAACAAGACCAAGAUGUGCGAGAUCUGCUCGUGUUGCCGUCGGGCACGGAACUUCAUGAGCACGGGAUGGUUACGAAUGGAAAGCUUGUGCUACAGGACAAAGCCAGCUGCUUUCCGGCUCUUGUACUACAUGGAGAGUAUGCUGAUGCGACGGACAAACAGGGUGACGUGAUCGACGCGUGUGCCGCACCUGGAAAUAAGACUAGUCACUUGGCCAUGCUACUACAGCAACAAGAUGGAAAUGAAGAGGAUGGUGCUACCCGAAAGCGACGAGUGUUUGCUUUUGACCGAUCGCCCAAGCGACUUGCACUGCUGAAGCGACGUAUACAGCUUGCAGGAGCUGCUGCUUUGGUGCAUGCUGAGCUGCAGAGCUUCCUGGAGGUUUGCGUUGACGAUGAAAAGUAUCGCAAUGUGCGAAGUAUUUUGUUGGACCCAUCGUGCUCUGGUUCGGGGAUGACAAACCGUCUGGAUCACUUGCUAGAUAUCGCAAGUGCGCGUGAUACGGUGCUGGAACCCAAUGAUGGCGCAGAGUAUGAACAAGAGACUGCCAAGCGUCUUCAGGCUCUUGCAGACUUUCAGCUCGAAGCGUUACGUAAGGCUUUUUCAUUUCCGCAGGUGGAGCGUGUGCGCGUCCUUUUUGUGCUGAAACCAGCUCUAUUGUCGUGGCCACGUCGCGGUCUUGCGGUCGCAGGCUUAUCUACUGAACAAGCCAUGGCACUUGUUCGUGCGAACGGCCUUGAGGAUUCGACAAAUGGUUUCUUCGUGGCGUAUUUUGAACGGUCUGACAGUGUUGGUGGCGAAUCGAGUGCAGCAAAUGAGAGAACAUCGACUGCUGCAAGUGUUCAAGAUACCGCUACAUCACCUGCUUCCAGUGCAAAAGCAAAGAUGUUGCAUACUGUCAAGAAACGCAAGGUGCUGUCUUCUGUCAGUCAAAAAGACAAUCGAAAGCGUCGGAAGCGUGAGAAGCGCAAGAAACAUGGCAAUUCAGUAUCAGAAAAGACAAAAAGUGACGAGCAAGAAAACACGGAUCAGAUGCAAAAUCGCGAUCUUUCGACGAAACGGCCGCAUGUUCAAAGACGACACAGAAUAAACUAUUCGCUUUGA